UUUCGGGUUGGGGGGCAUCGAAGGAUGCAGAAAGCGCGAGCAGCCGAGUGAGAGGGUGGGAAGAGUUUGAGCGCUGGACCGAGCGGAGGAGCCGGCCAUCGGAUUCGGAGAGAUCACUGUUAAGCUGGGAGGCUUAACAAUGCCCUAAUCGUUCCGCGUCAAUCCUUUCCUUUUCAUCCAGUUUAAAAUCCGGGAACUGAACCGGAUAAAGGGAUUAUUCUUGAGAUCACAUCAUACAAAGUCUAGGCGCCUGAAGGAAAAAGGGAGGUUCACUGGUAUUUUCUUAUGGAAGAGAUUGUAGACGAUUACUAUCAAGACAAUGGGAGAUAUCUUUCUGCUGCUUGCGGCGGCCCUAUUUUUGUUUCCAAUCAUGUUGGCCCCAUGACCUCUGUCCCUGAUUUCAAAGCUUCCUUGUUGCAAGAACUACAGGACCUGGAAGCUGAACUGGUUUUUGCUGAUGAUUUCAGCGAAGAGCUCUCGAUUGAUGAUCUCAAGGUUUUUACAGAGGAAGAGUUGGUAGGGAAGGCUCUGAAAGAAGAAUUCGAGUAUACUUCCGGAAAUGACGAGUCAUUGCAAGUUCUGGAACAAGCAAAUCCUGCUGAUGACCAAGUUAUGAAUUUGAACAAAGAAAUUAUUAGCUCCAGUAUCUCAGAAAAUGGGAGCAGCAAUUUGGAAUCACCGACAUUGUUGAAUGAUUCAUCUGAGUUGAUCCGUGACACUGAUGUUUCAGAAAAAGUUCAGCAGAAGGGAAGUAAGAAGAGAGGAAGGCGUUUUGAUAGAAAUACUCGAGCGGCUGAACUAGAAAGUUGCUAUGUUGGGAGAGUUACACAACUUGCAAAAAUCAAGCAGAGACAGGAUGAAGACAAAUUAGCUGCUAGACUGCAUUCAUUCAGUGGCAACUCCAAAUCUAUGGAAGGCGCAAUGGUAACCUUAGAUAAAAUUGAGAAGAUGCAAUCUCUUAAGCUAAUGACUUCCUCAUUGAAGGUCAAAGCCUCAACUUCAAAAGUUCAUAAACCUGUUUACUAUCCUGAAGCUAUUCUCUGUGUUGAGAUUUAUCAUCAAAGCACAUUGAAGAAGGUUCAAGAGUUUUUGGUAUUGGAAAGCCAGAAUCUAUCUGAAUUGAGGGAUAAUAUCUAUUGCUUGACGGAUAAAUUAAUGCUGGCAGCAGAGAAAUAUGAUUCUUCUGGUUAUUUCCUCAUUGAAGAAACCUUUUACAAUGAUCUGCGAAGCCCUGCUGCUACUGAUUAUAGCAAACCUAUAUUUGAUUGGCUUGAGAAUCAAAGUGACGAAGCUUUAAAGAAGUGGGAGUUUAUCAUGUCAGGUGAACCAAAGAAAAAACAGAUGGAAUUAUUGGGUAAUUUGGAUUUCUCCAAUUUUCCAAACUUCAAAGCUUCAGAAAUGCAUAAAACUACCUUCUGUGACCUAAGAUUUCGACUUGGAGCAGGUUAUCUUUAUUGUCACCAGGGAAAUUGCAAACAUACCAUAGUGUUCAGAGACUUGAGAUUGAUCCAUCCAGAUGAUUCACACAACAGAGCAGAUUACCCUCUCCUCACUUUCCAAAUCAAACCUCGUAAAAGAAAAUGCUCAGUUUGUCAGAUCUAUCAGGCAACAAAGAUGACCGUUGAGGAUAAGUGGGCCCCAGAUGAUCCCUCUUAUUUCUGCAUCAAAUGUUAUUUUCUUCUUCAUUACAAGGAAGAUAACACUUUAUUGUAUCCUCAUACUGUAUAUGAUUACUUUCAUGAGUAAUUAAAUCAUAAAUUGCUGAUACAACCCCUGCUUGUUGUGAAACAGUUAUGGGGCUUUUACAUACAUACCACCCAUUUCUU